UCACUCUCACCUACAGCAGACAUGGAAGGAGCAAGUGGCAGAUAGGGUAGGUAUGUACCUACCUCUAAUGCAACACCGGCAAAGCCUUCCAGGUGUAGUACAAUGUAGCUGAGGGUCGAAGAGUGUUUAAUUUGCAACGAAGUACACGUUGGGAAGCUCCUUCCCCGCCACAGCAAAAAGAAUGAGGAGCUAUCAAUCAAGACUCGGUCGGAGGAAAGGAAGGGAAUGGAAUGUCAACAAUGUCAUUCCUCGACCAGCCAAUGUCAGCAUCACCUGGAUAUCGCUUCGGCACUUUUGUUCGGAUCAUUCCCCUCAGUCCGCUUUCUCACUUCUCACUUGCUGCUCAUCUGUCUGACCUUCGUCCUAGGGAGAUCAUGACCAAGAACAUGAUUGAUCUGGACAGCGUUCCAGCGAAGCGCACGACUGUCCUGCAGGACUUGGGGGCUGGUUUAGUCUGGUGUUGCCAUGUCCACCACCAGACAAACAUUAUCACUCUGCGCUCGGACUCAGCAGCCUUCUUGUGCGCCCAACUCGAGAAGGAGAAAUUACCAAACCCAGGUUAG